AUGACGUUCAGUUUUGUUCAAAUCAAUGCCCUGAAUGAUUCGCACCAGCAAAUGAUGGUCCACUGGGUCGGCGAGUCGAGUGAUGUGAUAAUUUGCUUGUCUCGGGAUUCAACGGCGUCCAAAAUUCAAGAGAAACUUGGUGGCAAUCAGUCAAAAUUGGUACCACCUUCUUCGUCGGUUUAUAUUUCUUAUGACUAUGGCGACACUUUCGUCAAUAAAACUUCAAUGUUUGCUUUGGUCAACGGAUCGAUUGCUUCGAUGGACAAAUAUUACACACAUCCUAAGUUCAAUGCAUAUUUCGUUUUCCGUGAUCUCUACUACAAGGUGUUGUUUGUGACGAGGGACAUGGCUGGAACUUUCAUCAGGCGGGACAUCCCAUUUACACCUUCCGAUUUGUAUUUCCAUCCCGAAGACCCGGAAACAUUUUUGGUGCACGACGAAGUUGAUGAACAGAAAACGUUGUACAUAACGAGAAAUUUUGGAGAAACAUUUACACCCCUACAGAAGUAUGUGAAGUCAUUUGCAUGGUCUUCAGGUUCUUCAUCUGAUGCAUCAAAUUAUUCAGGUGGAUCCAGAAUGACUUCUCCUUUGCCUUUGCUAUUAUAUAUUGAAAGAGCAGAACCAACGGACACAAGUACUGUUCUUACUGUGACCGCAUUAUCCCAGACAAAUGUGUUGAUUGGCAAUGUCCAAGAUUUCUUAGUUAGAGGAGACUUUAUGUUCGCCACCAGGAAAAACAACAAGAACAAUCUAGAACUACUGAUUUCAUAUCGAAGAGCCCCUUUUGUAGUAGCUCAUUUUUCAUCAGAAUUGAGCUUUCUAGCCAUCCAUGUGGCUGAUGUGACAGAUAGAAGACUGAUGGUAGUGGGUGUUCAUGGUGACACUGUAGCUCAUCUCUAUGUUUCUGAGAGCAAUGAAGAUUUCUCUAGAAUUAAUUUUGUUUUAAGCUUAGAAGGCAUUUUGUGCCAUGUUCCAAAUAGUACGUGGACUGACACCUGGCUGAGUGAUAUUGCAGAAGAAUCAUUUGCUGACUUAUACCGUGUUGAGGGUCUUCUUGGAUGUGAUACCUUCGAUCAUGGUGCCACUUGGCGACCGAUUUCUCCACCGCGACGAGAUGACGAUGGACAUCCAAUCAAAUGCGACACCAACCUGGGAUGCUCAUUGCAUUUGACUCAGAAAUUCAGUCAGUUGUAUCCUGUUACUAGAUCGGUUACAAUACUCAGUUCCAAGUCCGCACCCGGCAUCAUUCUCGCCGCUGGUGUUAUCGGACGCUCUUUAAAAGGUCAUCCUGGUGUAUUUUUAAGUCGAGAUGGCGGCCUUACAUGGAAGCAAAUUCUAAAAGACUAUUAUUUCUUCAAUUUCGGUGACCACGGUGGCGUUUUAGUCGCCGUGAAGUAUUUUAAGACGAGAGGCGAAACGAAACGUCUUUUAUAUUCUACUGAUGAAGGUGAUACUUGGAAGAGUGUCGAUUUCCAUUCAAAGGAUUUGAGAAUUUACGGUUUGAUGACGGAACCAGGGGAGAAUACUACUGUUUUCACUAUGUUUGGUUCAAGCCCUGGUCUACAUCAAUGGCAAAUUAUAAAGGUUGAUUUGGCAGCCGCUUUCGACCGUAUGUGCACGCCGGAAGAUUACAAAUUUUGGGCCCCAGGAGGCCUUUCUGGUGUUUCAGAAAUGGCAUGUUCUAUGGGAUCCAAAGAUACUUAUCAACGGAGGAUUCCAAGGGCUAAUUGCUAUAAUGGCAAAGAUUACUCUAGACCAGUUAAUAAAGAAGUUUGCGAAUGCGGAGCUCACGAUUUUGAAUGUUCUCCAGGCUUUACUCGUAGUAGCCAACCGUUUCACUGCAUAAAAAAACCUGAACUAUCAGAGGAUCCAUUUGCUGUUCCCGCCACUUGCAGACCUGGACAAUUUUAUAAAAGGACUAAAGGCUUGUCCCAUCCAUUGCUCAGUGAUAAUUGCUCACCUUGGCUUUGCAACUACAAGUUAAUUUCCACCUCGGACAACUUGCUAUCAAGAAGUAGUAGUAACCGUUGA